GCGCGGCUGCGGCCGGGGGAGGGAGGCCGGCGAGCAGGAGCGCGCGAGCGGCCGCGGACGCCGGCGGGGGCGGCGGGAGCACCAUGCAGAUCGGCGCCCGGCGCCCUGCAGACCCCUCGCGAGGCACAGAGGCCGGGGCGGCGCCGGGGCGACGGGGAGCAUGAGAGCAGCCGGGGACCGGCUGGGCUCGGAGCUCUGCUAGGGAGCGGUGUGCGCGGAACGCUCGCCGGGACGCGGCAGAGGGCGGGAGCCGAGCGCCCGGGGCUGUGGGCAUUUCGGACGCCGACGCGAGGGGCCCGGAGCCAGCCGAAGCUCCCGGCACGCAGCCGACAUGGGCAACGCGGGGAGCAUGGACUCGCAGCAGACCGAUUUCAGGGCGCACAACGUGCCAUUGAAGCUGCCGAUGCCCGAGCCAGGUGAACUGGAGGAGCGCUUUGCCAUCGUGCUGAAUGCUAUGAACCUACCUCCUGACAAAGCCAGGUUACUGCGGCAGUAUGACAAUGAGAAAAAAUGGGAGCUGAUCUGUGAUCAGGAGCGAUUCCAGGUAAAGAACCCUCCCCAUACAUACAUUCAGAAGCUCAAAGGCUACCUGGAUCCAGCUGUAACCAGGAAGAAAUUCAGAAGGCGUGUUCAAGAAUCUACACAAGUGCUAAGAGAACUGGAAAUCUCGUUGAGAACCAACCAUAUUGGAUGGGUCAGAGAGUUUCUGAAUGAAGAAAACAAAGGCCUCGAUGUUCUCGUGGAGUAUCUAUCCUUUGCACAGUAUGCAGUCACUUUUGACUUUGAAAGUGUGGAAAGUACCGUGGAGAGUACAGUGGACAAAUCAAAGCCCUGGAGUAGGUCCAUCGAGGACCUGCACAGAGGGAACAACCUGCCCUCUCCUGUGGGCAACAGUGUGUCCCGCUCUGGAAGACAUUCUGCACUUCGAUAUAAUACUUUGCCAAGCAGAAGAACCCUGAAAAAUUCAAGAUUAGUCAGUAAGAAAGAUGAUGUUCAUGUCUGUAUCAUGUGUUUACGAGCCAUCAUGAAUUAUCAGUAUGGUUUCAACAUGGUCAUGUCUCAUCCACAUGCUGUCAAUGAGAUUGCACUAAGUUUAAACAACAAGAAUCCCAGGACAAAAGCUCUCGUCUUGGAGCUCCUGGCAGCCGUUUGUCUUGUCAGAGGCGGGCAUGAAAUCAUUUUAUCAGCUUUUGAUAACUUCAAGGAGGUCUGUGGAGAAAAGCAGCGCUUUGAGAAGUUGAUGGAACAUUUCAGAAAUGAAGAUAAUAACAUAGAUUUUAUGGUGGCUUCUAUGCAGUUUAUUAACAUUGUAGUCCAUUCGGUAGAAGACAUGAACUUCAGAGUCCACCUCCAGUAUGAAUUUACCAAGUUAGGCCUGGAUGAGUACUUGGACAAGCUGAAACACACAGAGAGUGACAAGCUGCAGGUACAGAUUCAGGCUUACCUAGACAAUGUGUUUGACGUGGGAGCCCUGCUGGAAGAUGCAGAAACCAAGAAUGCAGCCUUGGAGCGGGUGGAGGAACUGGAAGAAAACAUCUCUCAUCUGUCUGAAAAGCUGCAGGACACGGAGAAUGAAGCCAUGUCCAAGAUCGUGGAACUGGAAAAGCAGCUCAUGCAGAGGAAUAAGGAACUGGAUGUUGUCCGGGAAAUCUACAAAGAUGCAAAUACCCAAGUUCACACAUUAAGGAAAAUGGUCAAAGAAAAGGAAGAAGCCAUUCAAAGACAGUCUACCCUGGAAAAAAAGAUUCAUGAACUGGAGAAACAAGGGACCAUUAAAAUUCAGAAGAAAGGAGAUGGGGACAUUGCCAUACUGCCAGUUGUGGCCUCUGGCACCUUGCCCAUGGGGUCAGAGCUAGCAGUAGGUAACUAUGUAGGACCAGUUACAGGGGCCACCUCCUCAGGACCCUCACUCCCUCCUCCUCCACCACUACCUCCAUCAUCAGACAUGCCUGAAGCAGCGCCAAACGGACCAGCGUCGCCACCUACGUCACCCCCUCCUCCCCCACCCCCUCCACCUCCUCCUCCCCCACCCCCACCCCCUCCACUCCCGGGUCCUGCAGCUGAGACUGUGCCAGCUCCUCCUCUCCCACCACCCCCUCCUCCCUCUGCACCCCCGCUGCCUGGGACUUCUUCACCCACAGUAGUUUUCAACUCAGGAUUAGCAGAUGGGCCAAUCAAGCUUUUCUCUGUGAAAAUUAAGAAGCCGAUCAAGACCAAGUUCAGAAUGCCAGUAUUUAACUGGGUUGCUCUCAAGCCCAAUCAGAUCAAUGGCACAGUCUUCAAUGAAAUCGAUGAUGAGCGGAUCCUAGAGGAUUUAAAUGUGGACGAAUUUGAGGAAAUCUUCAAAACAAAAGCCCAGGGUCCUGCCAUUGAUCUUUCUUCAAGCAAGCAGAAAAUACCACAGAAGGGAUCAAGUAAAGUGACACUAUUAGAAGCAAAUAGAGCCAAAAAUCUUGCCAUAACUUUAAGGAAAGCUGGGAAGACUGCCGAUGAGAUAUGCAAAGCUAUUCACGUAUUCGACUUGAAGACAUUACCAGUUGACUUUGUUGAAUGUUUGAUGAGGUUCUUGCCAACUGAGAAUGAGGUGAAAGUGCUCCGGCUCUAUGAGAGAGAGAGAAAGCCCUUGGAGAACUUGUCAGACGAAGACCGCUUCAUGAUGCAGUUCAGUAAGAUUGAGCGGCUCAUGCAGAAGAUGACCAUCAUGGCCUUCAUUGGGAACUUUGCAGAAAGCAUUCAGAUGCUGACUCCUCAACUUCAUGCAAUUAUAGCCGCAUCUGUUUCUAUCAAGUCAUCGCAAAAGCUCAAGAAAAUUCUGGAGAUCAUCUUGGCCCUUGGAAACUAUAUGAAUAGCAGCAAACGAGGAGCAGUUUAUGGAUUUAAACUUCAGAGUUUAGAUCUGCUCUUAGAUACAAAGUCAACAGACCGGAAACAAACACUGUUGCACUAUAUAUCAAAUGUGGUAAAAGAAAAAUAUCAACAAGUUACUCUAUUUUAUAAUGAGCUUCAUUAUGUGGAAAAAGCUGCUGCAGUCUCCCUUGAAAAUGUUCUGCUGGAUGUCAGGGAGCUGCAGAGGGGAAUGGACUUAACCAAGAGGGAGUAUACUAUGCAUGACCAUAACACGCUGCUGAAAGAGUUCAUCCUUCACAACGAGGGCAAGCUGAAGAAGCUGCAGGAUGAUGCUAAGAUUGCUCAGGAUGCCUUUGAUGAUGUGGUGAAGUAUUUUGGUGAAAACCCCAAGACAACACCGCCCUCAGUGUUCUUCCCUGUCUUUGUCCGGUUUGUGAAAGCCUACAAGCAAGCAGAAGAGGAAAAUGAACUGAGAAAAAAGCAGGAACAAGCUCUCAUGGAAAAACUUUUGGAGCAAGAAGCCUUGAUGGAGCAGCAGGACCCAAAGUCUCCUUCCCAUAAAUCAAAGAGGCAGCAGCAAGAGUUAAUUGCAGAAUUAAGAAGGCGACAAGUUAAAGAUAACAGACAUGUAUAUGAGGGAAAAGAUGGCGCCAUUGAAGACAUUAUCACAGCCUUAAAGAAGAAUAAUAUCACUAAAUUUCCAAAUGUUCACUCGAGGAUCUUAGAAACCAACCAUAUAGACGAGCCGAUGCGGUGAGACGAAGUGUGAGGCGGCGCUUUGAUGAUCAGAACUUGCGUCCUAUUAAUGGUGCAGAAAUAACCAUGUGACCCCGAGACCAGCCUUCAUGAGAGGGUGUACAUGGAACUGCCGGUGUGAACUUUAUGUGCUACCAUUUAACUGCAGCCUUCAAUACAGAUCCAAAUUUCCCUAAGGGCUCAGACUUAGUAAACACAUAGAAUUUAAAAAUAAUGGGUUCUCCUUUUAACCCCUGUUAACAAGUGCCUAAAAUUGGAAGUAACUUGCUCAGAUUAAUCAAAGCAAUAGAAUUUGACUUAAAUCUUUUUACAUCAGUAUGUUACUCAGUUUUUUAACCAAAAUGUAAAUUUCAUAUUAAAUUCAUUAUUUGCCAUUGUGACUGUCCCUUAUGGCCCACCCUGGCUUCCUGGUAAAUUUGUAAAUAACAGGGAUAUGUUUGCUAUGGCCUUCCUUUGCUGAGAAGUCUUCUAAGAAAUUGUGUGUUUGAGCCAUAUUCAUCAACUGUAUCUUUAAGGACUUGUAACAAGGGAGAGGGAAACUAGCACGGAUAAUAUCCUUCUAUUAUUAAGCUCCAGCAAAGUACAAACAGGAUGCAACUGCAGUGCCACUAGAAGUCUGUCUUGACUCAUGUUGUUUCUGUGCAAGGGUAUCAUGCAAAAAGGCAGUCACUUGCAUGACUGCGGAAUGGCAUAAAACAUUGUAUAAGACUUAAUUGCAGAACUGGGUUCUUAAGCUAGAGGCAGCUUUUAAUAACACAAAUAUAUUUAUUAAUUACCACUAAAAUUACCAUUAUGGGUCAAUUCUUAGAAUAGAAAUUGGUGCCUUGUUAGUCAGGGAGAAUUUACCACAAGCUCUAUCAGUAAGCAUUCAAAAUUACAUGUGUUAGUGUAAUGUUGGAACCUGGCCUUAUUCUCUUCUGACAAUCGAAGGGCCUUUUUCUUUUUCCUUUUGUAAACUGAAGUAUACUGAUACAGCUGACAUUAAGUUAUCAAGGCUGAAUUGCUAUGUGUAUUUCUCGCUUAUGAGAAUUUCCAAUUAGAUUUUAGAAAAUUAACAUUAAAUUUAAAUUAUAUUGAUAAGGUUAAAUGGUUAAGUCACUUAUUUUUUACUUCCUCACUGGCAAGGCAUUUUGAUCCAUUCCAAAGUCAAAGACUGGACUGAAGCUAAAUUUGUACUUCUCAUAAUAUAUACUCUGCUUCUGGCUUACCUUGUUGGUACAUCAGUAUAUUAAUUGUAAAAAUUAUUGUAUAGUAUUUAACCGCUGAAUUUGUGUUUAUGUGAACCCCCUUGGUGAAGGCCCCCUUUUUCAUGGAUGUGUAGUUAUAUGAUCUUUUAAAAUGUACAGAUAUUUUGCUAUAAGAUUGGUGCAGUUUUUUAUGGUUUUUACAAUUCUCUUUUAAUUCCUACCUAAGCCUCUGAGUAAUCCUGUAAAUAUUGUUUAAAAAUGUUCAUCAGCCUAUGCUACACAAUCUGAAUGUUACUUUAACUUAUAGUUUUUUUAAAAUAUAUAUAUUUAACUACAAGGACAAUUUAAGAGUCAGUUACCACAUUUCACAGUAGUAUGCCUAUUUACAGAUCCCUUUUUAAUGGCCACCAGAUGGCACAUUCAUAAAUGUAUAGUUUUAAAAGAACAUGCCAGGAUUCUUGUCUUUUUGUUGAGUCAUUCAUUUUGAUGAAUAUAUUAAUUUGAUCAUAAGAAUAUUGGACAUUUUAUCAAAGAAAUCAGCUAUUUUCCAAAGGUGUGCAUUUGCUUAAAAAAAUUGCUCAUUUCCCAAUGCACAAACGGACAGUAAUGUUGGCAUAUUCUUUUGUUUGUCUAUUAAUGAUCCUGCUUCUUAGCAAUAUUAGAAAUGUUUUAUAAAAGCAAUUCAUGUUACUUUUCUGGUCUUUUCAUGCCAUUUGAGCAAAUAAACUAUUUACACUACUA